AUGUUUUGGCUUUCGCCGCAGUCACUGUCGGUGUUGAUACCUGCUCUCGUGUUGAGCUCGACGUGUGUCGAGGCCGCUGGACCACUAAAAGGACAUCCUAUCAAGCACAGUCAUUUACAUGCGGCUGUGGAUCUGCCCAAGAGGAGCGGGAAUGAGCAAGCUGCUGCUGCCCAUGGAGUUCAACAAGGCUUCAAGACGGUUGGCUACUAUGCCAGCUGGUCAAUCUAUGCCCGCAACUGGCCGCCUCAGAACAUCCAAUCCGAACAGCUCACGCAUCUGCUGUACGCAUUCGCGAACAUCGACAACAAAACCGGCGAAGCUACGCUGGGCGACCCCUUCGCAGAUGUUCAGAAGAAGUUCGAUACAGAUGAUGCCAAGGACAACAGCACAUCGAACCUCUAUGGCAAUUUGAAGCAACUCUACCUACUCAAGAAGAAGAAUCGCAAUCUCAAAACCCUCCUCUCAAUCGGCGGCUGGAACAUUCGAUCAUACUUCGCCCCGGCCCUCGCAAACGAACAAGGCCGCAAAAACUUCGCUCGCACCAGUGUCCAACUCCUCAAAGACCUCGGCUUCGAUGGCCUCGACAUCGAUUGGGAAUACCCCAAUAACACAAAACAGGCCCAAGACCUCGUGGACACCUGCAAAGAAUUCCGAAAAGAACUCGACAAUUACUCUCGUAACCUCACCGGUAACCCGCAUUUCCUCCUCACCAUGGCCGUCCCCGCUGGUCCAGACCACUAUCCUUAUUUCGACAUGGCAGCAAUGGAGCCUUAUGUCGAUUUCAUCAACCUCAUGGCUUAUGACUACGCUGGUUCGUUCUCGGACUAUUCGGGACAUCAAGCGAAUUUGUAUAAGAGUCUUGAUAUUCCGAGGAGUACAAACUUCUCGACUGAAGCUGCGAUGGACUAUUACUUGAAUGAGACGGGAUGGAAACCGGAGAAAUUGACGUUUGGGAUGCCGUUAUAUGGACGCUCGUUUGCGAAUACGACUGGACCGGGGAAGAAUUUCACGAAAGCUACUGAUGGCAGUUGGGAGGCUGGGGUUUGGGAUUAUAAAGCUCUUGCUGGAAACAGUUCUUUUGGAGAGGUUUACACGGAUGACAGAAUUGUGGCGAGUUGGGCGUAUGAUGAGAGGGAUUGUUAUAUGGUGAGCUUUGAUACGCCGGAAAUUGCGAAGAGGAAGGCGGAGUAUAUUAAGAGUUUGUGUCUUGGGGGUGCGAUGUGGUGGGAGUUGUCGGGGGAUACGCCGAUUAAUGGGACGAGUAGUCUCAUUGGGGCUGUGGAUGGGGUUUUCGAGGGGUAUGGGGGGUUGCAGCAGGAGAGGAAUGUGCUGGAGUAUCCGAUGAGUAAGUAUAAGAAUUUGAGGGAGGGGAUGAGGGGGGAGUAGCAGUGAAGCAUCAACAUUCUGCGGGCAGGGUGUGAUGGGGGAGAUUGGGGUGAUGCAUAGAUGUAAGUACAAUGGUACAUACUCUGAAGGACGAUUCCGUCCUGUCUUCUUCUUUGGGGCGAGCUGCUUCCGUGUGCAGUCGUUGCAACUUCCAUGUCGUGACUUCCACUUGGUGGCAGUUGCCUGAAGGGCGUUCUCGUCCUGCGUCGCGAUCACCUCGAUGUAUCAGCUUGCGGAAGAACACACCACAGACCACUAGAACUCACACGACAAUCGCCGUCCUGGAAUGCAGAUAUUUCAGAGACCUCAGGCCCUCGCCAUGGCC